AAAGUAAACUCAUGAAUUUCCAUAAAUUUGAUUUCUUUCAGAUUUUUAAUGAAAAAUAGUUUGCAUUGCGCCCUUUUCAUACGAUCGAGAAGUGAAGGUAUCUCCGGCGAGAAGAGUUGAAGAAUCAAUGGCAUGUGAGUCUGACGUUGAAAAUCAGACUACGGGAAGAAUAGUUUCUCAUCAUGAAGGGGGACCAGCCGAGAAAUCAAUGGCAUGUGAGUCUGACGUUGAAGAAUCAGACUACGGUAAGAGUAGUUUCUCAUCAUGAAGGGGGAGCAGUCGAGAAAUCAAUGGCACGUGAGUCUGACGUUGAAGAAUCAAACUAUUGGUAAAGCUGAUGCCAGAUCCUUUAAAACCCUUUCAAACAUGGUCUAAUUAAAUUUUUCUAAAUUUCCAGGGAAAAAAAAAAUUAACUUUCCCUAAAUGAGGACGCCCAAACACAACAGCUGCUCAACCUUGCUCACAAUCUUUGCUAAAUUAAAUUUGGAUCCUUGUUCUCAACAUCUCAGAAACUCUUUCUUAAACCACAUCAUCGAUCUAUGGCAUACGAAGAGGUUGAUCCAUUUCAUGCGGACGUAUGUGAUGAAGCUGGGUGGGAUUUUAUGACCGAAGCCAAAGACCAAGUAGAUGGUCUCUGUUGGGCAUAUUCAGUAACUGAUUUGCUCGAAAUACUUAUUUUGAAAGAGUAUGGCAAUCAGAUAGAGCUCUCACCCAUGAGUGUUGUUGAGAGCGUCAAACAAAGAAACGUAGCUAGAGGAGAUGAGGAGGGAUUUGAGUUCAUUGUGUAUAACCCUGGUGAAACCAAUGUCAAAGAAAUAUUUGAUGCUGUCAAAUUAAAGGGUAUCAGAUUCAUAGUUAAAAAUCACAACAAUCCUAUAUCGCGAACUUUAUAUCCACUUUCAUCAUAUAAAAAGCUUGGAGUAUUAGAAGAGGAUGAAAUUGCAAGUGAACUAGCAUCUGGAAAUCCUCUAGUGAUUCUUAUUGCUGCAGGCUCGGACUUUUGUGACAGAAUGAUGGACAAUUGGGACAUUUUCCAACCAGAUUAUACACAGUCAUGGGAAUGGCAUAUGCUCUUAUUGGUAGGAUACGGAUACGACAGAGAUUUUAAAAUGCCUUAUUGGAAGGUCAAAAACAGUUAUGGUAGUGGUUGGGGAAAGAAUGGAUAUGGUCGCAUCGUCAAAAAUUUCAAGAUUUUCCCUUUUUAUGAAGCCUAUAAACUUGUGCUCAGAAGCGUUGCGGCGUUUGAUGAUUUAAUGGCUACUCCUCCUCCUUCUCCUCCACCUCCAACUGUUUCUGCUUGAUAAAUUUUCCUUACAUUUUUAGUUUGGUAUGCUUUAUUAAAAUGGGAUGUGUUUUUUUUUUCUUCAAUCGUAUUCUGCUUGAUGGGUCAGACUGUUCUUGUUCUUGACAAGUAUUAUGAAUUUGGAGUUUUUCAUUUAUUAUCUUCCUUCAUCAAA